CAACGGGAGGGAAGGGGGCUAGCGGUGGGGCGGGGGUGGGAAUCUUCGCUGCUCCGCUGGUCUUUCAUUUAGGCAGCUCUUUUAGUUUCCAGCAGUCACUCUCUGGAGGGGGUGGAGUCUGUGGGAUGUUGCUCUCGCAGACCAGUUGUAGCUGCGUGCGGUGGUGGGAACCCUUUCCUAGACUGGCUGCCUUUUCCACUUGGAUGGCUCUGGCAAGCUGAGCUGGUUCGUGAGCAUGGAUUCUACAUUGUUGCUACCGCUUGCUGUUACUCUUGAUCCUCGGGGUUUUAAUCAAGGGGCAGCUGAGCCCAAUGAGCCCGUCUUGGACCCUUGCAGUCUCCUUUCAGAAAGACAGUAUGAGGUGGUGCCCUGCGUGGUUUGUGCUCUCUGCUGCAUUUUUGGAGUAGCUUACUGCUGUUUUGGGUAUCGGUGUUUCAAGGCCAUCAUGUUUCUCUCGGGUCUCCUCUUCGGCUCUGCUGUGAUCUUUCUGCUUUGCUAUAAGGAGCGUAUCUUGGACACCCAGCUCAGCUUGGAGGUCAGCGCUGGCAUUGCGCUGGGCAUCGGAGUCUUGUGUGGCUUGGUUACCAUGCUGGUGCACUCUGUAGGGCUGUUUCUGACGGGGCUUCUGCUGGGCUUGCUGGCAGCUACAGCUGGGCUGGUAGCCACUGAGCCUUUCUAUGAGCUGCCCAGUGGGUGGGUCCCUGCUGGGUCCCUGCUGGGCUUGUCACUCUUAGGUGCUGUCUUGGCACUGCGCUGGCAGAAAGUCCUCACCGUGAUCUCCACAGCAGUAUUUGGGGGUGCUGUUCUGACUCUCUGCUUGGACUACGCGGUGGAGAACCUGGCUUUGGGCCACCAUAUAUAUGACCGCCUCCGUCUGGCCCCUUCUUCCCCGCUCUGCUGGUGUGGCUGGGCAGUGCUGGCUACGUGGCCUGCUCUUGCCUCGAUGGGCAUCCUGUUGCAGUGGAAAGUGACUGCUGAAGGUUUCUCCCACACAGAUGUGGUUCUGAAUCGGCGCCAGAAGCAAUUACAGCUCUUACGGAUUCGACAGCGCGAUGCCAAGAAGAGGCAGAGCCAAGCUCCACAGGAAGGCUCAUACCGGCACAAGGCCAGUGCUAUCAAACGCUGCGCUGGAGACGUCCUCGCACCAAGUUACAUCCAGAGCCUGCGUGACCGUCAGCACCUGGGAACUGGCACCUCCCUGAGCAACCUGAGCACAACCGCCCAUACCACAGUGGAUCUGGAUUAUGACUGUGGCUCUACCGUUCCCCUCACCACUCCACGUGGGUGCCUCUGAAGGAUGUGUGUGUAUGUGUGUUGCCGUGUUGUCUUCUUCCACUUGUGCUUGCAGCAGAGUCACAGCACAAGUCAGCCCAGGGUUCUGAAUAUGUUAUGUCCUGUCUGCAAGCAUCUUUGGGUAGCCUGCUAUAUUUUUUAAGAUUGCUUUUCUAGUGUUCAAACCAGAUGGGUCUAUCUCCUUUCCUCCCUUUGGGAAGGGCCACUUGUGACUUAAAGCAGGAGGAGAGAAGGGAUUUCAGAAACACACAUUCACGUCUUUCCAUUUUGGUCAAUGAAGGCAGGACAUCAUUUCCUUUACAAGAUCUUGACAGCUGCCUUCCACACGAUAUUGGAAUAAAUUGGCUAUGUCUGGGGUGGCUGUCACUGUCCUUGAAGCUGAUUUAGUCUCUGUCUCAGUGCUAAGCCAUAGCUGUGGCCUUCUCUUGGACAAGAAGGCUAUUUGCUCUACUUUGCAGCAAAUCUGAAGCAAGCACCUUUUGGCCUUGAUAAACUGCCCUUUGUAGAAACUUAACUCAGGGGUAAAAUACAACUACACAGCAGCUUACAAUGGUUUGUUGCAAUAUAAAUAGAUGGCAUACUUGUUCUGAUUUGUGGUGCUUCUUCAGGAUGUUGCCAUUUUUUGUAUGUGUGCCAUUUGAGAGAUUUAUUGUAUUUAGUUUAUCCUUUCUCUAGGGCAGUCAGAGUUGCCUGUAUAGAGAAGGGAAAGCUACACUUCUCUCCUUAAUCUAAAUAAAGAUCUAAGCUGGACCCUUCGAAGCCAUAACCAGACAUUCAACCUUCACAUGACUGCAGUCACCUGUGGUGCCCAGAAUAUUCUAAAAAGGUGCCCAGCAAUUUCAAAAUGAAAUAAUUUUUAAAAAAUUAAAUGUACACAGGAUGUCAGCAUUCUCAUAUGAGAUCCAUUUGAUCUUAGGGUUAUGACUGAAACUGUUUUGGUCAUCCUUAUUGUGGCACAAGAUCAUAUGGCAGAGCCCACCUCUUGAAGAUUGCCAACUCUAGCCAAUAGGGAGAGUAGUAACAUUCUUACUGGCCUAGUCUUUCCAUAUUCCCUCCACAGACACGAUCAUGCCAUCAUAUCUACCUUACGGAAUGGAUGGGUGAUGGCAUGAUCAUGUCUGUGGAGAGAAUGGUCCUUUGUGGUCUUUCAGAUAUUGGACUCUGACAUAAAUCAUCAUAGAAAAACUUUAUGGAUGUUGUAGUCCAUCAUCUGGAUAACCAUAGUUUUCCUAAUCUCUGUUGUGGGAAAAUCUGGCCAGCAGGGUUAUAAAACUUAUGGGGAGAGCCUACAUUUUUAGAGCAGGCCACUUCUUCAGAUGUUCACCUUUAUUAAGCUGGUGAUGAUGAAUAUAAAUCAACUGGGGCGUGGCAAGAAAGUGAUUGCACUUUCCCCACCCUUGUUCUAAUCCCCAAAGGAGUGAAUGCCAAAUAAAACUGGUAUCAUUCAGAGUGCCUUUUCUAGCAUGUAUAGAACCAUGCCUGCAUUAGAAUGAUUCUGAAUUUAACUUGACAAUGGUGCUUUGAACAUGUACAUAAGGAUUAAAAAGAAGAGUCCUAACCCUUGAACUCUUAACUGGGUAAGUUAACUCACCUGAAUUCUAAAUCCUGAACUUUUUAAUCCAAAUUCAUUUUGUGUGCAUGGGUUCAAAUUCUGUUCAAGAAACCUUUUUGUUAUUGUGAUUGUUUCCUAUGAAAUAUUUGUUACUGUUUUAUAACAGUUCCUGUUUAUAAAACUUAACAGAGAUGCACUUGUGUUACACAAUCUGUCUCCAUCAUAUCAUGGCUCAAGCUGAAGUUCUUAGGGGAGAGGGUGAAUUAAGCUUAUUUUCUGGUGUCCUUACAAAGACAAAAAGCUGUCUUUGUUUCCACCCAUCUCUGGUAUUCAAAAGGGGGAAAUGAAUGUCCUUUGCUUGCAGGGCAUGUGCUCAAAUCCAAGCUUCUCCAGCAUUGGCCUCCUCCAGAUAUGCAGACUUCCAGAAUUCUUGGCAGUGGCUCCAAGGUUGGAGAAGGUCUGCUUUAAUCCUUGUUGGACAACAAGGAAAGAAGGUGGCCCAUCAUAUUUGAAGAACAUAAGCCUUGCUGUGCAGCCUAGGGUUAGUGACAAACAUUAGUUUAUGUGGAGAGAGGAGAUGUCUUUCUGGGGAAGAUGCAAUGUCAGAUAGCCUUCACUAGGCCUGUGGGGGAUUCUUAAUCACCCUAGAUAUAUUCUGAAGAAGUAAGUUCUGCUCAGGCCUUGAUCAUCAUGGCAUCUCCUGGGGCAACUGCAGAAAGUGUCUUCCUUAAAAAACUGCAUGAGAAGGGCAGGAAAAAGAAGACAUUUCUUCAGAGAUAGGAAUCUGUAGCUAAACUACUGUACUUCAUCUGCCCUUCUCUACUAACAUUCAAGUGAAUGGAUGAAAGGAAGUGUUUGCUGUGUAGCUCAUAACACCUGCCUUAUGUUCUGCAUUCAAGUUAAAACAGCAUCUGGCUUUGGUCAGCAUUUAAUCUCAAUACUCCAUAUGGAUUUCUCUUUGAUCUCUCAUUCAGCUCCUACUGGCACUGUUAUAUUAAAAUCUUUAUUAACUUUUUUUUUCUUGGUGGUUCCCCAUUUCUGCAGUGCCACGCAGCUUUAUUGUCAUGCACAGAAGCUGCUUCGUAGGAAGGUAAAUAAUUGGACUAUCUUAACCCAGUUGAGAAGGGGAAGCAGAAUAGCAGGUCAAGGGAAGUUGAAGGAUGUCAUAAUCUGGAGGAGUUCUUAAUGAAAUGCCAUCUGGUCCCCUUCCCUCCCACAGUGGACUCUAGGCCUUGGACGUAUCUGAUAGGAGAGGAGAGCUAUUUUAAUUGAAGCAUCAUGGGAUAUUUAAAUGGCUAUCUUCUGCUAUCAUAAGAGGCCCUCAGGAUAAACAACGAUACUUCCUCAUAUUUUCAUUUAAUUUCUCUGAAACUCCUAUAGUCUUGUCUCUAAUCUUAAUUGUGAUAUGGAACCGUGCUCAAUUUUACAUGCAUUGCUGAUUCUAACUUCUCUGGCCCCCUCAGUUUCCCACCCCCUUGUUUUGGUGAACUGCUGGUAAGAGAACGUUUGUAUGUGUGCAUGCAUACAUGCGUAUGCAGCAAAUCCAGAAUGUGGGCAGGUGCCAAGAAUGCCCAAUGUGAAACUGCAGUGGAAAUAACAUGAAAUAGAUUCUGGUGGCCUCUUAAUUAUAAAAGUAGUUUAUAAAACCUAAGAACAAGCUAGCAGCUGCCAGCCCAAAACUUAAGUUGGUUAGACAUUCUCUCCCACUUGCCAAGUGUUCUGCUUAUAAUGCUGCAGAAUCUGGUCAGCCGCCAGCUCUUUACCCUUGCAAAAAUGUUUGCCUGAUUGUGUAUUAAAUUUGAAGCAGGUUUCCUGCUUUCUUGUUACAGUCCUCAUGUCUGUUUGCAACGUGGGCCAGAUACACAUCUGUAAAGUUUUUACAUGCAUGUCCCUAAGCUCAGUGUUUCAGAAACUUUUGGAAUGCACCAGCAUAAGCGCGAAAGAGAAACACUACCCUGUUUAAUACAGUUAUUAAUUAAAACUAGACUUUCUUCCAGA